CGCAGGCGACUUCCUCUAGAGGGAGCUGAGUGCAGCUGUGGCGGGCACCUCUAGGAUCUGAGCAGCUUCUCGGCCCCUCUCGGGGGACAGGAGGUGGCAUCCAGCCUCGGGAAUGCUCUGACGGAAGCUGGUUCCAGGAAGCCGGGCCCAGCACCUGCCCGGGAAGCUUGGACCUUGGCCCUGCAGAGCCAUUGGGCUGGCCAGACCCCGACAGGCUGCCACUGUCACCCACUAAGACCUGACGAAUGGCAUCAGACCAAGGCCCAGGUCCUCUCCGGGAGGGCUGCGGAGGGGCCUCCCCGCUGUCUGAGGAGGAGCAGCAGGUGGUCCGGGACACCGAGGAAGUUUUCCAGAGCUACGUGUACCAUCGCCACCAGCAGGAUAGAGCAGAUGACCCCGAGAUGGACACCCUGUCCCCAGGACAGGGCAGCACCCUGACCCAGGUGGGCUGCCAGCUGGCCAUCAUCGGAGACGACAUCAACCGGCGCUAUGGCAGUGACAUUGAAGCCAUGCUCCAGCAGCUGCAGCCCACGGCGGACAACGCCCCGGACCUGUUCUACAAGAUCGCCUGCAGCCUGUUUAAGCCCGGCCCCACCUGGGGCCGCGUGGUGGCUCUCCUGGCCUUCGGCUACCGCCUAGCCCUGCAUGUCUACCAGCAGCACGGCCUGUCUGGCUUUCUGGGCAAGGUGACCAGGCUUGUAGUCGACAGCAUGCUGCAGUUAAACGUGGUCCGGUGGAUCGUGGAGAAAGGCGGCUGGGUGGCAGCCCUGGACUGGGCCGGAACCUUCCGCCCCAUCUGGACUGUGGUUACAGCCUUCGCCAUUGUCAUGGUGGGCCAGUAUGUGAUACGAAGAUUCUUCAAGUCAUCGUGACCCCUGGGGGGCCCUUUGGGGUCCCAGCUAAGACACCUGCCUGCAUUUCAAACCAAACUUCUCCCUCUCCUCUCCCCUGCAGCGGUUCUCCCCACCCCAAGAGUACAGAAGCUUUAGCAAGUGGGCACCCCAGCAUCAGGGGGCCCCUUCCUGGGGGGUCGUUCAGGCUGCAGCAGCCCCAACAUUACAUGGUGCUAACUGGCCCCUCGGGGUUUCCAUCUUGUUUGAGGGGUCUGUAGCUUCCUUCCUCAGUUACUGGGGACCCCCUUGCCAAGUGCGCUGAGCAGUGGGGAGGUCAGGACCCUGAGCAAUGAGAGGCCGGGCUCUGGUUUCCAUGAUGUUAGCUUUGUGCAAUCCCCUGGGGUCCCCCUCCUACCACCAUCUGCCCAGCCCAGGUCCUCCCCUGUCCCCAGGACACAGCUAUUGGGAGGGUCACAGCCUGGGAGGAGGAACACGGGCCCAGUCUGGACUCAGCAUGGCUCCCAGGGCCAGGCUGGCUGGGAGGGGUGCCAAGGCCCCACUCCCCACUCUGUAUUACCUUUGUGGUUAGACUCUCAGGGAUCUAGGCCAGGGCUGGUGUUAGACUCAGGCUCAGGGUCAGGGUCAGAGCAGAGCAGUCUUCAGUGUCCAAUGGGACCACCGAGCCUUGGCGUCCCAUGCUUGUUUCUGCCCAUCCCCUCUCUGAAUCCCCACUGGCUGCAGUCCUGUGGCUGAAGGACCUAGGUUGAGGUGAAUCCCAGGGGCCUUCCCCAGGGACUCACUAUAAUCCAGGGAUGUGGUGGGGAGGCCCCACAUACUUCAACUCCAUCAACACUCCAUACUACAGCCCCUGGCCUGCAGGACCCUCUUGGCUGGGGGAACUUACCUAUCUUGCACAGCUCGGGGGAGUGAGGGGUUCGGGAGAAAUUCUUGAUGAAGCCAAAUGCAUGGAGAGGUUGCAGGUGGUGCCUGCUAGCCCAUCCUCUGAUGGUAUUGAAAUAAACCGUGCAAUGACCCCA